AAGAGCAGCGCCGCUUUUCCGAUCCAAUAUGGCAGCUGCUUUAUUGGAGAGCUCGGUUAAUGUAGUGAUUAAUGCUAAUUGACAACGUUUCUGCAUCAAUAGGUUUGUCACGCUGGGUGCAUUUAACUUUUUGUUGCUACGACGAAGUAACGAGCCUGGUGAGGUAGGCCUGAGGUGUUUGGAAGCAUUUUUUGGGGCGAGACGAUGUUUUCUACGAAGUGAGAGAAACGGAGCAGCAUCAUGGAUCUUUCUCCCGAGGACGGGGGGACCUCCCGUGUCAUCGAUAUGACCACCAGUGAAAAGGUGGUGGAUCUACUGAAUCAGGCUGCGUUGAUACCAACAGAUGAGAAGCUUGCUGUGCUCAAACAGGUCCAGGAGCUUAUCAUCAACAAGGAUCCCUCUCUUCUUGACAAUUUCUUGGAUGAGAUGAUCGCUUUUCAGACUGACAAGUCUAUCGAAGUGAGAAAGUUUGUCAUCGGCUUCAUAGAGGAAGCAUGUAAAAGGGACAACGAGCUCCUCCUCAGACUGAUUGCCAACCUGAACAUGUUGCUGAAGGAUGAAAGUGUGAAUGUGGUGAAGAAAGCCAUCCUCACGCUCACACAGCUGUACAGAGUGACUCUGCAGUGGCUGGUGCGCCCCAAAGCGGUAUCCGACAUGCAGGAGGCGUGCUGGGAUUUGGUCACUCAGAUGAAGGGGGAUGUUCUGGCCUCGCUGGAUUCUGAAAAUGACGGCGUGCGCACUCAUGCAAUCAAGUUCACAGAGUCGCUGAUUAUCACUCUGUCCCCACGGACUUCAGAUUCUGACAUCCCCAAACGACAGGAGGGCGACAUCAGCCUGGACAAAGUCCCCAAAGAUCACUCGUACAUUCGAUAUGAUGUCUUGUGUGAGGAGGGAAAAUCUGCACUGGAGAAGCUGCUGAAGUUCAUGGUCCACCCGGCCAUUUCCAGCAUCAACCUCACCACAGCACUGGGCUCACUGGCUACCAUCGCACGUCAGAGGCCUAUGUUCAUGUCAGAGGUGGUGCAGGCGUACGAGACACUGCAUGCAAACCUGCCGCCCACUCUGGCCAAGUCUCAGGUCAGCAGUGUGCGGAAGAAUCUCAAGCUGCACCUGGUGGCGGUCCUUAAGCACCCCUGCAGCCUGGAGUUCCAGGGUCAGAUCAGCACUCUGCUGCUGGACCUGGGAAUGCCCCAGAGCGAAAUAACCCGCUCCACACCUGCAGUGCGCGAGCAGCGCAAACGACCCCGCCAUGAGCAAUACACAGAGGGAAAGAAGGUCAAGAUGGAUCCGAUUGAAGAUGACGAAGACAAAGAGGAGCCCGCCCCCCUCACCGCCCCUAAACCGGCUGCUGUUCCGGUGGCACAGUCUGCCAUCGACCUCACAGCCGAGUUCCUGCACCCACUGCUCAACCCUGAGAACGUAGCCAACCUGGUGCUCAUCAGCAUGGUGUAUCUGCCUGACGUCAUGCCAGCAUCCUUCCAGGCCACAUACACACCUGUUGAGUCGGCAGGCACUGAUGCCCAGAUCAAACAUCUGGCCAGGCUGAUGGCCACGCAGAUGACAGCAGCUGGGAUCGGUCCAGGUCUUGAGCAGUGCAAAGCCCGAGAGGACGAUGCCAUCAAAGAGGAAGACAACGACGAGGACUCUGGAUCGAAAGACCUGCUCAUCAAACGCAAAGUUCCAGGAGUGAUGGUGGGACAGGCGAUCUCUGUGGUGGGCGGUUACACAGAGAAGGUUCCAGCCGUGGAGGCUCCCGCCACAGUCAAGAGGCUCCCAGAGCCCAUCGUGCCCACUGCACAGACCAAAAUGACGGGGGCAAGUGGGAGGAAAAAAGUGUUUCGGUUGUCAGAUGUCAUCCAGCCUUUUUCAGACACCCAGAUUGAGAAGUUAACCUCCAGAGCAGUCAAACGCAUCCUGCAUUCAGAGAAGGCGAUCGCUCAAAGUGGCAUGUCCCAUGUCCGAGUGAAGCUCCUCUCCAGGCUUGUGACACAAUUCGAAGGGAUGAUGAAAGAAGACGUGCUUGAAUUUAUCCUCGACGACAUCAGGACCAGGAGUGACCUGGCGUUUUCCCUCCUCUACCAGGAGUACAACGCCUACCUCAGCCAGCUGCCCUCUGGCCUGUUGGACAGCUACGACCACUGUCUCUACACGCUGCUGUCGGGCCUGCAGGAGAAACCAGAGCAGAGGGAUGGGCUCUUCACGAAACUGGUGCUGGAGGCUCCCAUCAUAACAGAAUCUGCUCUGGAAGUGAUCCGACGUUACUGUGAGGACGAGUCUCGAGUGUAUCUGGGCAUGACCACUCUGAAGGAGCUCAUCGUCAAACGGCCCUCGAGGCAGUUUCAGUAUCUGCAUGUUCUCCUGGAUCUCAGCUCGCACGAGAAAGAGAAGGUGCGGACCACUGCCUUGGCUUUCCUUAAGCGUAUGUACGAGAAAGACCAGCUCAGGGACUACAUCGAGAAGUUUGGUCUGAACUACCUGCAGCUGCUGGUGCACCCCAACCCUCCGUCUCUGCUCUUUGGGGCUGACAAAGACACAGAGGUGGCUUCUCCCUGGACUGAAGAGACGGUGAGACAGUGUCUGUUCCUCUACCUGUCGCUGCUGCCUCUGAACCACCGGCUUGUCCAUGAGCUGGCGUCCGUCUACACUGAGGCCAUCGCUGACAUCAAGCGCAGCGUGCUUCGAGCUAUAGAGCAGCCUAUCCGUGGAAUGGGGAUGAACUCUCCCGAGCUGCUGCUUCUGGUUGAGAACUGUCCUAAAGGAGCGGAGACCUUGGUCACUCGCUGCCUGCAUAUUUUGACAGACAAAGUGCCUCCGUCUCCAGAGUUGGUGGAGAGGGUGCGAGACCUUUACCAUAAACGUGUUCCAGAUGUCCGUUUCCUCAUCCCCGUCAUAAAUGGCCUAGAAAAGAACGAAGUCAUCCAGGCUCUGCCCAAGCUGAUCAAACUUAACCCCAUCGUGGUGAAGGAGGUGUUCAACCGUCUUUUGGGAACGCAGCACAGUGAGGGGAGUUCCUCUGUGUCCCCGCUCACCCCAGGAGACCUGCUCAUCGCCCUACACAACAUUGACUCCACCAAAUGUGAUAUGAAGUCCAUCAUUAAAGCCACCAACCUGUGCUUUGGGGAGAGGAACGUCUACACGUCGGAGGUUUUGGCAGUUGUAAUGCAGCAGCUGAUGGAGAACAGCCCCCUCCCCAUGCUGCUCAUGCGUACUGUCAUCCAGUCCCUCACCAUGUAUCCCAGACUGGGCGGCUUCGUCAUGAACAUCCUCUCUCGUCUCAUUGUGAAGCAGGUGUGGAAGUAUCCCAAGGUCUGGGAGGGAUUUGUGAAGUGCUGCCAAAGGACAAAGCCUCAGUCGUACAGCGUGCUCCUGCAGCUGCCGCCGGCCCAGCUAACCAGCGUGUUCGAGCGCUGCCCGGAGAUGAGGGAGCCUCUCUUACUGCAUGUCCACUCUUUCACCCCGAACCAGCAAGCUCACAUAUCUGCCUCCACCAUGGCAGUCCUGGAGGCAAACAAAAAACCAGCGCUGAAACCAGCAGAGCCUGUCUUGGAAAAAGAGAUGGAACCACUCACUGCUCCAGCUGCCUCGGUUUCAGAAAUGGCUCCCACAGCGACACUAACAGAAGCAGAGACGCCGGAGCAGCACGACCUGGCGGUCACCAAGGACGAAGAACCAAUGGAGCAAGAGCACUUGGAUCCUGUGAUACAGGAAGAAAGUGUCCACGCUGUCUCCCAGGUGGAGUUGACAAGGAAAGCUGAGACUCCAUCACCUCAGCCAGAACCAGAACCAGAACCAGAGGAACCGAUGGAGGCGUCUGAACCUGAACCUGAACCUGAACCUGAACCUUCAGACCUCCAGGAGCCAGAAAGAGAUGUUGAAGCUGAAGUCACCGGCACUGAGGCAGGAAGCAGCAGCGAGGAGGUUGAAUGACUGCUCAAGAAACACACCUUCAAAAUAAAAAUGUCUCACGUCUGUAAACAGUACCUCCUUUUUUUUAGGAUUUCUUGUCAAGAAAAAAAUAAUUUUUUGUAUUUGUAGAAAACAGAUUGAGGAAGUAUAAGGUAAAUGUGUGUAUGAAAGCAUUCCACUUGCUGUAAUAUCAUAGAGUUGUCAAAUAAAUAAUGAAAACACUG